CUUUAACCUUCCUUCAUACUGAUACAUGUCCAGCACAGAGCCAGCAGCGACCGAGUCCGAGCCCAGCGCUCAACAGCAAGAGCAGCAGCAGCAGCAGCAGCAGCAGCAGGCUGUGAUUAUCACUGUGCGCUGCAUCCGCUCGUUCGAGCACCGCGCACUCAAGUCGCUCGUGCUGCACGGCGUCGACCUCGCGCACACGUCCGGCGGCGACCUCAUGGCCCUCGUCAAGCAGCGGAUUCAGACAGCGCCCGGGUUUGCCCCGUUUCGAGCGAUUGCGUACGAUACAAUCAAGAUUCACAGCCAAGCGUUUGGCGCAAAGACCAACAACCCGAUUAUCAAUCUAGACCACGACGACUGGGUGCUGGAUCCCGCACGCACGCUGCACGAGCAAGGUGUCAAGCACGAGACAGAGCUCUCAAUGUACCGGCUUGAGGACUACAACACGUACAAGGCCCAUCCGUCCACCGUUUGGUAGUGGCGCGGAUAGCGUCAAUGUGCAACUACUGGCAUUGUGCUCAAUCAGCUGCGUUGUGUUUGGGGGGCAACCGGCGAGCGGCUUUACGAGGGGGGUUGGUUUCUGAAUCCAAAGUCGGACUGGCACUCUUCGCUGCUUUGGCUUUUCUCUACCGUUGCUCUCGGCGCUGUGAAUUAAUUCGUUGACGAUGCCUUUUCCUUUGCUUUAUCACCGCCUUGUGAGCUGUUUGUCUUUGUCUGUUUUCGUGUGAUGCAAUACAGGAGCAUGUUUCAGCAA